AUGGCUGCGCUUCCUGCUUGGAAUCUUCUCAGAGGCAAGACCGCGGCAAUCACUGGCGGCACCACCGGAAUUGGUCGCGCAAUUGUUUUGGCAUACAUUACACAAGGAUGUAAUGUCGCAGUCAACCACCUGGGAAUGCCUCAAGAUGAAAAACAUCGACACAGUCUACUUGAAGAGGUCAAGGCCAUCAAGAGUAGGGACAUCGGGGCCGGCGACAUUCUGGAGCUUCCUGGUGACGUGACAAACCCCGAAACAGGGUCGAGUCUGGCCCAAGAAGCUGUCUCGAAAUGGGGCAAGCUGGAUAUUUUCGUCGCCAAUGCGGGUGUGUUCAAACAAGCAGAGUUUCUCGAUAUCAAGCCGGCCCUUCUUGACCACAGUGUCGAUGUCAAUGUUAAGGGCUGCUUCUAUGCCUGCCAAGCUGCCGCUCGCCAGAUGGUAAAGCAAGGACACGGCGGUUCUAUAAUUGGCAUUUCCUCCGUCAGCGCUCUGCUUGGUGGUGGCUUCCAGACCCACUAUACCCCUACAAAAGCGGCCAUUCUCUCCAUGAUGCAGUCGAUGGCGAUCGCCCUUGGGAAAGACCAGAUUCGAUGUAAUGCAUUGAUGCCUGGCACUAUUGCGACACAGCUAGCCGAACAUGAUAUGAAGAAUCCCACCAAAAAGGCCGCUCUCGAAGCCCGAAUUCCCCUAGGUCGCAUUGGGGACCCCGAGGACAUGGCGGGUCCUGCGGUUUUCCUGGCCUGCGAAGAGAUGAGCCGUUAUGUGAACGCCACGGGACUGUUAGCUGAUGGUGGCAUGUUUAGUAACUUGCAGUAA